AACCAAACAUAGCCCAAGUUCAAAAUAGAGAAAGCCAGACAGCCAGAACUCUGUGAUUUAACCAAACGAACGAUUGAAGGAAGCCCUGCGUCAAGGGCAGUCACCCCAUCCGCAGGCCCGUAGCGCGGCAGCAGUCACCGCAGCAGUCGACCAGGGGCCAAGGCAACCUCCGUCCUGCGUGACCUUUGUCUAGGCCUCUAGGUCGCCACCGCAGCUCGCCAGCAGUCCAGCACCGCAGCUCCUUGGCUCCGCACGCCACCAGUUCAGCCUUGUCCAUCCGUUCAGCACAUCAGCACCCGUGCACCGCACGCCGCCUACUCGCCACCGAAGGUUCAGAAUCAGCCCUACAGGGAAUGUGUCAAGCAGAAGACCCCUUCAAUUUCUAUUGAGUGCGUUGGCUUGAGAGAGACCUACUUCAAUUGCAAGAGAGGACAGUAUGAUAUCAUUUUAGGUUCCGUUGAAGAGUAUUAUAUUUCUCAAACCAAAAUCAGAAAAAGGCUCUUUAACAGCUCAAAUGGAGACCGAAUCUUCAGCAUCAGCGGAGAUUGGCUUGUUGGGAAGCCCACAGCCCGAUAAUAUGUUGGUCCAGUACAUCGUGUUGAGGAGAGACCUGAUUGACACAUGGCCUCUGGGGAGCGUAAUCACUCAAGGCUGCCAUGCGUCAGUUGCUGCAAUCUGGUCCCACAAGACAGAUCCACACACGGUCAGGUACUGUGAUCCUAACAACAUUGACUGUAUGCACAAAGUGACUCUUGAAGUUAAAGGUGAAGCCCAGAUUGUGAGCUUGUCUGAGAAACUUAAAGUAGCUAGUAUUGCUCAUAAGUUGUGGAUUGAACAACCGGAGAAUAUGCCUACCUGCCUUGCCACAAAACCUUAUCCAAAAUCACUUGUAUCGCCCUUCUUCAGAAAGUUAAAGCUCUGUAGGUGAGAACAACCUCAUGCUAAUUUCGUGAUAUGUAUUGCCAUUAGACCUAGCCCGCUGUGUAUUUCAUGGCUGUUCUUUUAUAGAUUUAUUGUGCAAUGUUGUCUUUCGAGUUAGGCUCUGUUUGGCUUGUUCAGAUGUACUUAUUUGGUUGCAAUCGAUUGUACCAAAUAUUUUCCUCUUCGGAAAUACAAUAGAUUCAGUUAUUUCUGCCAGUGUCAAAUAACCCUUUCCAAGUUCCAACCCUCUGUAAGAUUUUAUAUCUACACGCUGAGUCAAUGAAGAUUUAUUUACUUAGAGCAUCU